GUUUUAAGUCCUGGACACCCUGCAUUGUAUGUAGGAAGCCGACUCUCCUCCCUUUUCUUCCUGUCCCUCCCUAACGGCAAGCCCUGGAUUUUUGGUAAAAGGGAUUCCCAACACUUUAUACAAGAGCGGAGAGAGAGCAGGGAGUUAAGUCUGAGUGUUAGCUCCUGGGCGAAUAUACUGAGCUCACAGCAGGACCUCUUCUGAAGUCGGAAUAAAAAUCAGCUUUUAGGACAGAUGACAGCGGUCCCGUUCCCUUCAGAAAGUUUUUGUUUGGUUCUGUAGAACAUUUUUGGGAAGGUUUGUCCUGGCGCUAUUCCAACCACCGUCCGCAAAAGCUUACACUGAAACGCCAGGAAGUUUUCGGGAAGGGCAGGGGGUUUUCACAGUCACAGGCAGAUACACUGCGCCCCCUGGUGUACCCUACAACGCACUGCACAACAGAACUAUGGCUGAGAAGAUCAGCUUGCCGGCUAAACUGAUAAAUGGCGGCAUUGCCGGACUGGUGGGUGUCACCUGCGUAUUUCCCAUAGAUCUCGCCAAGACCCGACUACAGAACCAGCAGGGACAUGGGGUCUACAGGGGGAUGUUCGACUGCCUGGUGAAGACCAUCCGCUCGGAAGGGUUCUUUGGAAUGUACAGAGGAGCCGCGGUCAAUCUCACGCUGGUCACGCCGGAGAAGGCCAUCAAGCUGGCGGCCAAUGACUUCUUCAGAAACCGGUUAUCCCAAGAAGGGAAGCAGCUGACGCUGGUCAGGGAGAUGUUGGCGGGAUGCGGAGCGGGUACCUGUCAGGUCAUUGUGACGUCGCCUAUGGAGAUGCUGAAGAUCCAGCUGCAGGACGCAGGACGCCUGGCAACACAGAGAGUUGUAUCUGGGGAUGGGCCGGCAUCUGCUCCCCACCCUCCCACCACCGCCCCCCAGAAACCCUCCGCCCUCCGGAUCACAAGGGACCUCCUGCGCACACAAGGCAUCUCAGGAGUGUAUAAGGGGCUGGGGGCCACACUACUCAGGGAUGUCCCAUUCUCCAUCAUCUACUUCCCUCUCUUUGCCAACGUCAACAAACUUGGGCAGAAGUCCUCCCAGGAUAAGGCUCCAUUUUACCAUUCCUUCUUUGCCGGAUGCUUCGCCGGCUCGGUAGCCGCGGUGGCAGUGACGCCGCUGGAUGUUCUGAAGACCCGGAUUCAGACCCUGAAGAAGGGAGUCGGUGAAGACACUUACAACGGAAUUAUCGAUUGUGCCAGGAAGAUUUGGAAAAACGAGGGUCCCUCUGCCUUCAUGAAGGGGGCGGUAUGCAGGGCUCUGGUCAUCGCCCCUCUUUUCGGGAUAGCCCAAGUGGUGUAUUUUAUCGGGAUCGGAGAAUAUAUCCUGGGAUAUGCCAGAUAAAUACUGGGACUGUGGACGUUGGCCUGUACGACAACAUGGAGAGAGGUUUUCUGUGUCGCAGGUGGAUUCCGACCGGACCCCAAGUUUAAUUAGGAAGGGGUCGCACAGAGAAUCGCAUUGUGCGGCUCUUCUUCAGGUGGCCUUAGUCCUGUAAACUGAGGCGACGUUACAUGUGAUCCCAGCGGUAUAAAUCCUGGAUUCAGUGGCCGCAACGCUCUAUAGCAUCUUACGCAUAACAGGAUUACAGACCUGGGGGCCGCUGGCCAAUAUCUUAUUACUCUAAGGUGAACCAGCACUUCCCUGAGUAGGAUGCUAAAUAAUUCUACGUACUUUAGAGAUGCAAAAAUAUUGACCCAAAGAUUAAGAAAUGAUCAUUUACAGGGUCGCAGAUUAUCUGCAGAUAAUAAUCUGGUGUGUUCAAUUCAUUCCUCCUGAAGCCCGGGGUAAUCCGUCCUCAGCCGAUAUUCAUACACUGGUCCUGCCACUUCCAUCCCCAUCGCCGGAAAUAAAAUACUGCACCACAUUAAGGGGGAAAUUUACUAAGCAGUGAUCAGAGCGGAGAAGUGAGACAGUGGAGAAGUUGCCCCAUCAACCAAUCAGCAGCUAUGUAUCAUUUUGUAGUAUGCAAAUUAUAGGUGUUACUUCAGUGCUGAUUGGUUGCCAUGGGAAACGUCUCCACUAGCUCACUUCUCUGCUCUUAUCACUGCUUAAUAAAUGUCCCCCUUACUUCCCAGUCUGGCCGGCUUUCAGCGAGUGAUAACCGCCUGUUUCUGGCUUUCCCACUUAUUUUCCAAACACAGUAACGUAGUGGAAUGAGCCAGCCGGCUACAUACACUAUACAAAGUGAUUGGAAACCACCACCCCCCCCCCCUUCACCCGCGCUCGCGAGUGAAAUGGGGCGCUCCUGCAGCAGACACGUGUUUGUGAAGGUAUAUAACGGGUAGAGGGGCGACUGAUUAGAUCAACAAAAUGGCUUGCCGAAAGGAGCGAACAGAGUAUGAAAAGGGGAUCAUCGCAAGCUGCGCGAGGUCAUGUGUCCAGGGUGACGCCGGGCUGAUAUACAGAACAUUCAAUAACCCAGAUGGACUGACAAGCUCAGAGUCCAGAUCUUAACCCCAUUGAGAACCUCUGGGAUGAAUUGGCGUGACGGAAGCGUUCUAGGCUGACUCGACCGUCUGUGUCGCAGUUGGUCGCUGUACACAAGGCAGAACAUACCGCCUGCUGCUGUCCAGGAACUUGUGGAGUUUGCCAGGAAGGGAAUCUGCAGUAAUCACUGAACGUGGUGACCCUACACCGUACUGACGUCCAGAACAUCUCAUAGAUCUACUUGCUGUCAGUGUCCAAUCACUUUUGUCUAGUGCAGGGGUGGGGAACCUGCGGCCCUCCAGCUGUUGUUGAACUACAUAGCUCAGCAUGCCCUGCAACAGUUUUAGCAUGGCCAAAUAACAAAACUGCAGCAGGGCAUGCUGGUAUGUGUAGUUCCACAACAGCUGGAGGGGCCAAAGGUUCCCCAGGCCUGGUCUAGUGCAUACUCUGUUAAUCAACCCAGCUUACCAGAAAUGGGGCAGCAAGUGGGAAAAGCAGAAGCAUACUGUGAUCUCUCUGGGAGGAGGAAUCAGGCAGGUGUGGAAUUCCCACAAACACGGCACAUUCCACAGCCGCAGACCAGACACCGUGUGAACUGGGAGCCUCGGUGCUGUCAGUAGCGGCACAAGUCAGACUUCUGGGGUUAUAUUUACUAAAAGUUGAUUUUGAUCGAUUUUCAAUCAAUGUUGUGUUUCAGAGGCUAAAACGCACAUUUAAAAAAAAUUACAAAUCGAUUUUUAAAUGUCGGUAAAUGUGCAUUGAUCGGUAAACGUUGAUUUAGUUUGCGUGAAAACACUAUAAAUCGACCUUUAGUAAAUAACACCCCUUGUUAUCACUGCGCUGGGGCAAUUCGCAAUUUCCAGGUCAGGCGUUUAAACCAGAUGGAGAAUCCAUGUGACCCAUUUGCACUACAACCAGGAGUGGUAAAGUGGAGAGAGAUUAAGUACCAGCCAAUCAGCUCCUAGCUGACAGGUUACAGGCUGUUUGAAAAAUGGCAGCUAGAAGCUGAUUGGCUGGUGGGUUCUCUCUUUCCACUUUCUCUCUCUCCAAGGGUUAGUACAUCUUCCCUUUAUUCACACAUUUGUACACAGAAUAACGUAUGUGCCGGUGAGGAAAUAUAAAGGGUAUAAUUUGUAUAUAGCUGUAAGAUUGUGUUCUGUGAGCCACCGCCAUUACCAUCCAAUGCUGUUUAUGCUUGUCUGAUUUCCGUACAACGCACAAGUGACUUGGACAAAGUAGAAGCAGCCUAUGUACUAAGGAGUAGCCAUCAAUGGGCGCAAAUCCGGUGAGGUCACCAAAUCCUAGGGACCCAAUAGCCUGCACCCACCACUGUGCGCACUAGUCCAGUCUUGUGUCGAUACUAGUCUAAUUCUCCCUGUAUAAAGGAACAUCCUGCACAAUCAUUAGCAUUACAGCAGCGCCAUCUUGUGGCGCGCAGAGUGUACUGCAGGCCUAGGGAUUGCUGUAAGAUCUGUACUGCACAAGUAGGAGCAAAUGUAAUGAGAUAAGGGUUAAGGGCCCUCAUUCCGAGUCGUUCGCUCUGUAAAUUUCUUCGCAUCGCAGCGUUUUUCUGCUUAGUACGCAUGCGCAAUGUUCGCACUGCGACAAGUAAAUUUUGCUAUGAAGAUAGGAUUUUUACUCACGGCUUUUUCAGCGCUCCGGCGAUCGUAGUGUGAUUGACAGGAAAUGGGUGUUACUGGGCGGAAACACUGCGUUUUAUGGGCGUGUGGAUAAAAACGCUACCGUUUCCGGAAAAAACGCAGGAGUGGCCGGAGGAGUGUCUGGGCGAACGCUGGGUGUGUUUGUGACGUCAAACCAGGAACGACAAGCACUGAACUGAUCGCAGAUGCCGAGUAAGUCUGAAGCUACUCUGAAACUGCUAAGUAGUUUGUAAUCGCAAUAUUGCGAAUACAUCGGUCGCAAUUUUAAGAAGCUAAGAUUCACUCCCAGUAGGCGGAGGCUUAGCGUGAGUAAAUCUGCUAAAAUCGCCUUGCGAGCGAACAACUCGGAAUGAGGGCCAAUGUUCCAGCGCUGCCCUCAUGUUCCCGGUCACUGUAUAGAUUGCAGCCUCUUCUAACCCAUCACUAUUGGUGCUCCCAGAGACAUCAAUACUACCGUCCUCCAAUGCAAGUGUCUUGUAUCUGCCUCCCGAACUAGAAAUAGAUACCAGGCCCUAAUGUAAUCUCUGUCCACUACAAUAAGUAAAGAUACCCUACAAUUGCAGCUCACCUCAAACAGCAGGGUGCUGCGCCCCACAAACAGAAUCAGACCAGAAUAUAGCAGAGAGCGCUGUUGUAGGAUGAAUAUCAGUAGAGAUAUAGGCGAUUCUGCAAUAGUACUCGCUCUCCUCCUUUUAUUCUUGUAUCCUCCUCCUGCCUGGUGUCACGUCUCAUUCACACAUUUGUACAUACAACGCAGAAUAACAGGCAAGUAUAUCAUUUGUAUAUAGCUAAAAGAUGUUUUGGCUGACAAUGUUCUGUGAUCCACCAGUAUUAAAGUGUUUGCAUUUAAAUGUC